AUGGCCAAAGCCCAAAACCUGAAAGGUCAACUUCCUGAAGAGAGCAUGAAAUCUUUGGCAACAACCAUUCGUUUCGUCACGCUGAACUGCCGAGGACUAUCGAGUGAACUCCAACAAGCCGCUCUGUCUAGACUUCUGCGAUAUUUCUGUGUACCUUUUGCUGCACUGCAGGAAACAGGCAUGAGAGAUCGGUUCGUCAUCAGAAUCGAAAAUUACACCAUAUUCUGCGACGAUGCUGAUGAGAACAAAUUAGGUGGCUGUUCGAUAGCUGUGAGAAACGAAACCUGGUGA